AUGUUAGCGCUCUCAAAACUUGUGCAGUCACUGGCGUUAAUACAUUUCCUCUCGUGGGCGCUCGCUUUCACUGUUCAACAGGAAGGAGAAAAUGUCCGCAAUCAAAGGCUCAUCGAAUUCCUUGUGGAACUGAAUCAUAGACAGCGGUACCAAACUGUCUUGCUGGAAAACUGUGCAGCAAACUCUUUCGACAAGGACAUUUGGGUAAAAAUGGAGACCCCGAUGAUACAACUACGAUCCGCAACUCAGUACCAAAAGGAAUUGAAAAUACUCUUCAACCACAAUUUGCUCGUCAUGGUGUGUGUGGAGCGCAACGUUGACUCAUUCAGUAUAAUCGGUGGACUUGCGAGACAAUUGCAGCACAUACGUGAUACACAUGUAAUUCUAUUGGCGGAAGCUGACGCAGAGGUGCACCAAGAACAAGUCGUCGAAAAACUCUUUCGGCAUUGCCAAGUGCUGCAAAUUCUAAACGUCAUCGCACUUUUUGGUGAUUUUAUAAGUACCCAUAUGGUAUUCACGUUCGAUGCAUUUCCUACUUUCAAACUGACGGCCGUUCCAUUCAUGCCGUUUACGAACUAUUUCCCCGACAAAACUCGCCAACUCCACGGUCAUCCAAUCUACACAGAGCCCGAUCAGAACCAACCGAGAUCGUUUCUGUAUCGAGACCUCAGUGGUGCACUGAAAAUGUCCGGUUACAUAGGCAAACUGGUGGAGGCUUUUGGACAACAUUUAAACGCCACCUUGCGUUUUCCGCGCCUUAUUAACAUCAACGAAACUAUAUAUCAAAGAGAUCAGCACAACAGCACGCGGUCGGGCGUCAUCGACUUUGCAACCAGUUUGAGUUCUUACAGAUUCUUCGCCCCCGUUCAGGAGUUCACAUAUCCUUUCGAAUUCGCCAAGUGGCUGAUAAUGCUGCCGGUAGAGCGCGACCUCGAAGUGAACGAAAUGUUCGUGUACAUCUUUCAAUCCCAGUUAUUCUUGUUUAUUAUUUUGAUAGGCGUUGCAUUGGGAUUUUUCUUAAAUCUAUUUGAAUAUUUUCAAAUUCGACGGCACAGUUCGGGUAGAACAUUUUGGGGUGCGCUCUGCUGUCCUGGACAAGUCUUUCGUGGCAUUUUAGGUCAAACAUUUCCAAUGUGUCCGCACAACAAUUGGCGAAUGAGCUAUGUUUAUUUUACAAUAUUCCUUGUGGGACUCAUCACCAGUUGCCUGUUCGCAGUGUAUUUGAAGACAUUUCUGACCCAACCGCCUACUAAGUCGCGUAUUAGCAGCUUCGAGGACCUUAUAAAAUCGGAUAUUCGUUGUCUUGUUAAUGAGAAAGAGGUCCCAAUUGUCAUAAAUCUUUUUGGCGCUGCUGCCUGGUCACGUUACAAAGACGGAUUUGAGAUAAUAUCGUCUUGGUCAAAGUUUUUGUCACUUCGUUUGUCUCUAAACACCACCUAUGGUUAUACUGUCACCACUUCAUUGUGGCCCAUCAUCCAGUUGAAACAAUCGCUCAGACGUCGGAAACUCUUUCGACUCGCCACCGAUUUUAUAUUGGACGACUGGCUCAUCCUGGGUAUGCCUAUUAACGAGAACUCCAUAUACAAACCGGCGUUAAAUCGGUUUAUUGCGUUGGUAAAUGAAGCGGGACUUAUCAACCAUUGGCAAGUUAUGACCUAUUACGACAUGAAAGCGAUUGGUGCCAUAAAUUUGGAUUAUAACGUGGAUGACUCACGGCAGUACAACAUACUGGUUCCCAGCGAUUUUUACUGGAUGGCCUGGAUGUUUGGUGUGAGUUAUAGCCUUAGUAUAGCAAUAUUUGUACUCGAAUUAUUUAUCCACAAGUUUGGUACGUACUCAUAA